ACCGUGAAGCUUUGAGACUCAUUAUUCACCACCAAGUACCCACCUCUCUCUCUCUUUCUCUCUCUAGCUCUCUCUAUACAUUAUAGAUAUAUAUCCCAUCAAUACGUAACAACCACCAAAGGUUACAAUUCACAGCCUUCCAUUUUCCUUAGUUGUUGUGAACAUAAAGAUUUUGGAGAAUAGAUAUCAAUCUGUGUCAUUUUCUUCUGUUUGGUACGAAAAUAUAAAGAUGGAGAUCAAAGUCAAACCAAAAGCCGUAGAAUCUACGACGAUGAUGGCAACUAAAGAGGAGGAUGAAAUUAAGAAGAAGAUGAAAGAGUGUGUGGUGAUUGGUCAAGAGGCAGAUGAGGAGGUUGGUAAAGGACAAGAUGAAACAAGACAAGCUGAUUCUAAGAAUAUUGACUCACCAUCAUCAUCAUCAUCACUUGAGAUGAAUAAGAAGUUGGAAAUUGACAAAAACUUUACGAGUCAGAAGACCAAAAAGGAAGAGGAGAACAAGAAAGAGGAAAAUAAUAAUUAUAUUUCUAACAUGAAGCAUAAGAAGACGAGUUCACACGUAUGGGACUGUGGGAGCACUCUCUACGACUCGUUCGAGCUCAAUUCGUUCAAACGUCAACUUGACUCAGCCAUCUCAGCUUCCUCCGCUAGAACGAUGUCCAUGUCUCGCCUCCCCGACCGUCGUCUCCCUCCUCUCAGCUCACUCUCACCGGAGAAUCCUCCUCCUCUUCCUUCACUGCCGACAACUUCUUCUUCCUCCUCCUCCGGCGGCAAGAAACACUCGAACAAGAUCUCUCGUUCUCUUCAGAGAUUCUUGAAGUCAGUGUUCAAACCUAAACAGCACCAAAGCUUGAGCACUCCUUCUUCCCCGGUCUACAAGGCUGUGAGUCACGGAGGCGGUGGUGAUAAAGAUCGAUAUUACGUCGUUUACGACAAAUCGGGUUCGUUGACAACUAUUCCAGAGUCAACGUCGGAGAAGGAAGUGAGCCCUGAGAUCAACUCUCUUGUUAGGAAAACCGUGUCCGAGAGAUUCCCGGCGAGUCGAGUCGUUGGUAUUUCAUGUGCUUGAUCUUGAUUAUCUAAUAAAUCUAAUUAAUUAAGUCGUAAAUUUGAUAUAAAUUAAUAUCUAUAUUUAUAAACAUGUUAUGACUUGUCAAAUUAAUUAUUAGAGUCUUCUUUUCCCUUUUUUUUUUUUUUUGAUGUGAUAAAGAUUUUGGAAAUGAAUAAUCGUGUUGGACGUAUUGUAUGUAUGGUGAAUGUAAAAGUUUAAUGCAUUUAUGAUGCAA